AUGGGACAAAAUUAGAUAGCACACUCUGAAGAUAUUUAAAAGAAAAUCCUCUAAUGGAAAUUUUAUAUCCUCUAUAAUUAAAUUUAUAAGAUGAAAUAUGACUUAAACUAAUCUUAUGGCAGUUUAGAAGAAGUACAGGGAUAUCAAGAUGUAAAAGAAAUAAAUAUUAACAUUAAAAAAGAUUAUAAUUUUGGUUUAGAAGGAGCUAUUGGUAUAUAACAAGGUCUAAGUCAUUUCAAAGAAAUUUAAUAGCUUAGUUUGGUGAUUGGAAAGAAUAAUAAGAUAAAUAACUCUGUUACUUAGAUAUUAGGUUAAACUAUAGGGGAUUGUUAAUUUCUAAUUAGACUUAAUUUAGUUAUUGAAUAAAAUAAUAUUUAAAAUGGAAUUAUUCACUUAUUAAACCCGAUUUAAAAUUGUUUAAACCUUCAAUCAUUUAAACUGCUCAUAGGAAAUUAAAAUUAAGUUAAAGAUGAAUUAUUUAUUACUUUGAGUUUGAUUUUAAGAAAUCUUACUUCAUUAAAUGACUUCGGUUUGAUAUUAGAAGAAGGUAAUUUAACAACUUAAAAUGGAUUAAUUCAUUUCUCAGAAGGCUUGAAAUCAUGUUUAAAUUUACUUAAAUUUGAAAUUAUAUUUGGCAAAGAUGAAUUAACUACGGAAGGCUUAUUAGCUUUAAAAGAAGGAAUAGGUGCAUUAUAAAAGCUUACUCAUUUUGCUAUUGAAACAGGACCUUGGAAUAGCAUAAAAAGCAAUGGUUGCUUGUAAAUAUCAAAUACUUUAUUAUAGUUCAAAUAGAUUUAAGAACUCAGAAUUUGUAUAGAUUUGGGCAAUUAAAUUUCAGAUGAAGGAGUUAAGUAUUUGUCAAUAGGAAUUCUUUCUUAAUAAUAGCUUAUUAAGUUAUCUAUUAUUUUUGGAAGAUUUAAUAAUAUAGGAUAUAAUAGUAUUUAACUAUUCUUUAAAAAUUUAAUUGAUUGUAAAAAUCUUUUAUAUUUAGAAUGCUUGCUAUAUUGUACUGGGAAUAGCAUUUUAAGUAAGUAAAAAAUUAAUUUCUAAGUACAAUUAAAUCAUAUAAAAUAAAUAGUUAGCAAAAAAAUUAGUUUAGUUUGGUGA